AUGGAUACUUCGAAAAUUCGAGUGAUUUUUGAAUUCGAGUUCCGACGCGGAGCUAACGCGGCAGAGGCAGCUCGCAAUAUCAAUGUUGCAUUUGGAGAGGGGACUGCUAAUGAACGCACCGUGCGAUUUUGGUUUAAACGCUUUUGUGAUGGAAACUUUGAUUUAAAGAAUGAACCACGUGGAAGACCGCCAACACAGGUGAAUAACAAUGAAUUGAAAGAGAUGGUGGAAGCCGAUCCGAGCCAAACUACACAAAAAUUAGCGGCAUGGUUUAACGUUACCUUACCAACAAUAUUGACUCAUUUGCGUCAAAUCAAUAAAAUAAAAAAAUAUGAAAAAUGCGUGCCUCAUGAUUUGACUGAUCUGCAGAAAGAAACGCGUGUUGAAACUUCAAAAUGCAAUGGCUGA